UUUAUCAAUCUUUAUUCUUUCCAGGGCCACCGCUGAUCCCUCAGUCGAAGUUUCCGAAGCUACUACUGUAGUGACCCAGCGGCAUGGCUCCUCAUGGUGAUGACUCGCACCGUUCUUGCGGGAUUCCCGCUGUCGAAGGCGCUCCCAGUUCCGCGUAUCCGAUGGUGUCAGUUGACGAGGCUCAGAAGCUCGUUCUCGAACUCGCGAAACCUCUUCCAGCGGUUACCGUUUCGCUGAACGACGCAUUAGGAUGUGUGCUCGCGAAAGAUGUCAUUGCGCCCGAGCCGAUGCCGCCGUUUCCCGCUUCAAUCAAGGAUGGCUACGCUGUGGUGGCAUCGGACGGGCCAGGCGAGUACCCCAUCAUUGCCGAGGCGCGUGCUGGGGAUGAUGCAGCCAAUGUGGUGGUGACACCUGGCACCGUCGCUUACAUCACCACAGGAGGGCCUGUCCCCCAGGGAGCAGACGCCGUGAUUCAAGUGGAGGACACCCUGCCGGUUGACUCCUCCAGCGGCCAGAGGCGUGUGACUAUAGUGAAGGGCGCCACAGCGGGCCAAGACAUCCGCCCUGUGGGCUCGGAUCUGGCAGCAGGCACAGUGGUGCUGCCGGGUGGAGAUCGAAUCGGCCCAUCGGAAGUGGGGCUGCUGGCAACAGUGGGGGCUGCGCAGGUGCAGGUGCAUCGCCAGCCUCUGGUGGCAGUGCUGUCCACAGGCGAUGAGCUCGUAGACCCCACGCUGCAGACAAGCCCUACUCUCCCUCGAGGCAUGAUCCGGGAUGCCAAUCGCCACAUGCUCUUGGCUGCUGUGCGGCAACACCUGGGGGGGUCAACAGCUGCAGCUGUAGGAGCAGCAGGAGCAUCAGCAUCAGCAUCUGCAGCAACAGCAGCCUGCCCAUCCCCCCUGGAUCUGGGCAUAGCAGCGGACACGGAGGAGGCCGUAGCAGCAGCCUUUCAGCGGGCGCUAGCAGCGAGGGCGGAUGUGGUGGUGGCGUCUGGAGGGGUGUCCAUGGGCGAUAAGGACUUUGUGAAACCCUUGCUUGAGAGGCUUGGUACUGUGCACUUUGGGCGGGUCCAUAUGAAGCCAGGCAAACCUCUCACGUUUGCAACCAUCGAAACCCCUUCAGACAAGACAGAUGGCGCUGCCCCGCCGCACCGAACGAUUGUUUUCGGGCUGCCCGGGAAUCCGGUCAGCUGCAUGGUGUGCUUCAGCCUGUUUGUGCUGCCCGCCAUUCGGCAGAUGGGGGGGUGGCGCGAGCCCCUGCUGCAUAGGGUGCAGGCCUACCUCUCCUCUCCCCUGCGUUUGGACCCCGAGCGCCCCGAGUACCACCGGGCGUCCCUCCACUGGGAGUCCAACAUGGCUGCAGCUGUCGCCUCCGCCCCAGCCACGCCUGGCUUCGUGGCGGACAGCACGGGGCGGCAGAUCAGCAGCCGCCUGCUCUCCAUGCGCUCGGCGCACUGCCUGCUCGAGCUGCCCCAGGCGCAGGGGUCCCUCCCUGCCGGCUCCCUUGUCUCCGCACUCCUGCUGCCGGAUGCUGCUGCCUCGCUGGCGCAAUCCCAUUGGCCGGUGGUGAAGAGUGACGGGGCGGGGGCUGUGAGAGGGGAGGGAGGGACGGGAGGCGGGGAGGGGGAGAAGCAUGGGUGUGGGUGCAGCCAUGGGGGUGGAAAAGGGCAUGGCCAUGGGCAUGCGCAUGGGCAUGGGGCUGGUAAUGCUUCCGCUCCUGCAGCUGGUCCUGCGUCGGCUGCUGCUGCCUCUCCUCCGGUUGCUACGGCUGCUUCUUCUUCUCCUGCUGCUGCGUCUACUGUGGGUGCGGGUGUGCGUGUGGCGAUUCUGACUGUCAGUGACACAGUGGCACAAGGAUUGGCAGCAGACGCGAGUGGCCCCAGGGCGAUACAGGCAGUGCAGUCGCUGCUCCCAGCAGCAGCAGUGGUGGCGACGGCAGUGGUGCCUGAUGAUCCAGCCAAGAUAGCAGCGCAAGUCAAGCUGUGGGCGGAUGGGGAGGAGACUCUCGAGUCAUCUGAUGGGAGCACUGCUGCUGCUGGCGCUGCUGCAGGGGGCAGCCACGCUGCGGGUGUGGGGGCGGUGGAUGUGAUUAUAACGACAGGGGGCACGGGGUUCUCUCCCCGGGAUGUCACUCCUGAGGCCUGUGCGCCACUCUUUCACCGCUCUGCACCGGGCCUCACCCAUGCCAUGCUGCAGGAGAGCCUCAAGAUCACGCCCUUCGCAAUGCUCUCCCGCAUGGCCGCAGGCAUCCGGGGCUCCACUCUGAUUCUGAACCUUCCAGGCAACCCCAACGCGGUUUCAGAGUGCCUCGCCGCUUUGAUGCCGGCUCUACCGCAUGGCUUGCGGCAACUGAAAGGGGACAAGCGGGAGAAGCACCCCCGCCACACGCCUCAUCCUGGCAUAGCUAAAUGAAGAAGGAUGGCAAGGAAAGCAAAUUCGAGGCUUGUUUCUGAGAACUAGACGUUUCUUUUCUCUAGUUACUGUGUUUAGUAAAUCACACCCCACGCCCGUUAAACAUAUUGAGAAUCUCUGGUGCUUGUCGCUGCACAGUAAAGCCUGGCGGGGCAGCCAAUGUCGAAGCAUUGGUUCCACGCUGCGAAAUGCGUCAUGCAGUAUCAACCACUCUCGCAUGCACCAGGUCAGACUCACCUGGUCAUAGCAAAUUCCGCGAAUUCUGCACUAGCGUCGAUCGAGUUUAGGCUGUCGAGGAUAGGUGCAGGGCUGACGUUUCAAAAAAAAGCACCCUGAGCUGUCGAAUGUGGAAAAAAAAUUACCCUGAGGG